AAGGCACUGUAUAUAUUGAAAUCAUCAUUAAUCAUCAUCACCAAUGAACCAAUGACUCCAGUGACUGCAAUGUGCGCUUCAGAUGUUGCGGACACUGAUACCCACGCAAAGCGUCUCAAGACGUUAUAGAAUGAUGCAAUUGGACUUUGGGUGUAGUCGCACAUGCACGGCCAAGGAUGCUCAAAAAUGGGACGAUUUUGAAUAAUUAGCCUAUAGCUGCUUCCUUGUUUUCCAAAUAAUGUAACAUCAUUUGUGUGAUGUAUGCAGUCUUUUCGAGCGUUUGGAGUGAGAAGACACACCUUUUGUGCACUCGGAGUACAACAAUUGUUCUAAAAUACAGUCAUAAAAGUGUACAUUUCAGAUUUGGAGAACUAUGGUUGAUUUGGAGAGCGAAGUACCCCCUCUUCCCCCGAAGUAUAGAUUCAGAGACUUACUCCUCGGGGACCAGAACUUACAAAAUGAUGAGAGGGUGCAAGUAGAAUUUUACGCCAAUGAAAGUACUUUCAAAGAGAUACUUAAACUGUUCUUCAUCAAAAACCAAAGAUCAAGCCUGAGAAGACGAGUGUUCGACUUCUCCAUGAAGGUCCUGAGCUGUAUCCUAUACAUGUGUCGUGUGUUGACAGACGACCCAUCCAUAGGACAUGGCUGGUACAUCUGUGGCAUCCAGCACCUGGAGCGGGCGGGCAAGAAGCUGACGGUGUUCGACUCCUGGUACUUCUGCGUCGUCACCUUCUCCACAGUGGGCUACGGCGACGUCAUGCCCAACGUGUGGCCCUCCAAGCUGCUGGUGAUCGUCAUGAUCUCUGUAGCCCUGGUGGUGCUGCCCAUACAGUUUGAGCAGCUGGCCUACCUGUGGAUGGAGAGACAGAAGUCGGGUGGGAAUUACAGCCGUCACCGCGCCCAGAUGGAGAAACAUGUGGUGCUGUGUGUCAGCUCCCUCAAGAUAGACCUUCUGAUGGACUUCCUCAACGAGGUCUACGCCCACCCCGGGCUGCAGGACUACUAUGUCAUCAUCCUGUAUCCAACAGAGAUGGACCCCCAGGUGCGCCGGGUGCUCCAGAUCCCCCUGUGGUCCCAGCGGGUCAUCUACCUCCAGGGAUCGUCCCUCAAGGACCAGGACCUCAUACGAGCCAAAAUGGACAAUGCAGAGGCUUGUUUCAUCCUAAGCAGUCGCUGUGAGGUGGACCGCACCGCCGCAGACCAUCAAACCAUUCUGCGAGCUUGGGCUGUGAAGGAUUUCGCUCCAAAGUGCCCCGUUUACGUCCAGAUUCUGAAGCCAGAGAAUAAAUUCCAUGUGAAAUUUGCAGUCUCAAUAGCUGGGCCUGACACACAGUUCCUGGAGGCUGUCUGUGGGUUCCCCAUGGUUUACUACAUGGUGGGCUCCAUCGAUAACCUGGAUGACCUCCUGCGUUGCGGUGUGUCCUUUGCAGCCAACAUGGUGGUGGUGGACAAGGAGAGCACCAUGAGUGCAGAAGAGGACUACUACAUGGCUGAUGCCAAGACCAUCGUCAAUGUGCAGACACUGUUCAGGUUGUUCUCCAGUCUCAGUAUCAUCACCGAGCUAACCCACCCCGCCAACAUGAGGUUUAUGCAGGUCAGAGCUAAGGACUGGUACUCUCUGGCUCUCUCUAAACUGGAGAAGGUAAGCCCCUUCUAUGUCCUGUCCUGUCCUGUCCUGUCCUGUCUGCCAGCCCAGUCGUUUGUCAAAGACUAUAUUAUCUCCAUCACCAGGCUGCUGCUGGGCCUGGAUACCACCCCAGGCUCUGGAUUCCUCUGCUCUGUGAGUUACUCUCUGGGUGCAUCUCAAUGGUCAAAAGUGGUUUCCUCUCCACGUCUCAGGCAGAAGGAGAAAGAAGACAAAGAGAGGAGGCGUCUUUCAAUGCGAGCCAUCCUCCCAAUCACAGCUCUCGGGUGCGUGGAGGACUUAGACGACCCCAAGGAGCAGAGAGACCGAGAACUCCCCCCUGUGGCCGGAGGGCUCCACCACACCUCCACCUCCAGCGACCCAUCGGACGGGAAGGCUCCCCUGCUGAGGAGGAAGAGCGUGCAGUGGGCGCGGAAGCUGAGCCGGAGGGGGACUCGAGGGAACCAGCGGGGGGCUCAGAGGGGGGGCCAGCGGGGUCUGAGGGCCAGACGCUCGGAGAGACAGGAGCUGGACGAGCUGGUCAGCAACAGGAUGAAAAGCCUUGGGCUCUGGGCCACGGCUUGCGAUGACAUGAGUGAGAACCAGACUACUCAGCCUGACACCAGGCUGGAGCUCAAUGACAUAGUGUAUAUCAUCCGUUCAGAUCCCCUGGGGUACGUCCCUAAAGCUGGUGGCAGCAGGGAGAGUCUGGGAAGCAGCACAUGUCUUGGGGAGCACACCAAGACAGACGCCUUUCUGAUCCAUACUUACACACAACCUGCCUAUACUGUUUCUGCUGGGGUUGGUUAAAGGGAUAGUUCACUUUUUGCACUGCUAACUGAUACAAUCGGUUUCCAGUAGCAUUGCUACAAUACCAAAAACAUGAACUAUUCCUUUAAUGCCAUAAUUAGGUUUUACGUCCUACAGUUCACAUUGCAUUGUGAAAAGCAUGG